GCGCGCUACAAGUGUGUCGCCCUCCCGUGCGUACGUACCCGUACCUAUCCGGGCGCGACGGGACGUACAACUCGCAGCACACCGCGACGGUGCAUCGCCGCCACCGCCGUCGUCGUCGCGAACAACCACCGCCGCAAGCGACCGCGCGCGCGCCGCUGCGGCGGAGGAGCGUACGCACACGGCCGCGCGGCGUCCCGGGACAGUGUUCGUAGCCCACACUCUGCUCGCACCGCAUCUCACGGCAUGACGUCCAGCGACGGCGGCGGCGGUCUGUCGUGCGGCCAGCGGCAGGACGAUCGCGGCGGCCCGGAUCUGCCGAUAAUAAUGGCCACCGGUUGUCGCAUGCCCAGGUCGCCGUCCCGUGACAAGGAUAUCGCGACGUGCAUCCGGAUGAACGCGGCCGUCACCGCACCGCAGCAGCAGCCGUUCGCCACCACCGCGGUCGUUCUCAACCGUGUGUCCGGUUCGUUCCCGGAAGCGUUUUUCAAAAGAAUGUCUCAGGACAUCACGAACUCGGCGUGGUUCGAGGAGGAGAACGAUUUGAUCAAGAGUUGCGGUGCACUGCAGUCCGCGCUCGGGCUGUCCAAGAGCUUCAGCACCAGUGACAUAGCGGACGUUACAAACUUGGACUCGGACAACGAGGACAUCCGCUUGCCGCACAGCGCGUCCGAGCUGGCCAUCAACAAGUUGCGCAUCAACUCGGACGUGCUGCUGAUGGCCACGACCAUGCAGGGCAGAUUAGGCAACACGUCGCGGUCGUUGUCCACGUGCGUGGUGGUUGGCGACAUGGCGUCCACGUCGCAGCUUCCGUCGCCCAACCGGUACUCCAGUUCACAGCAGAAUAGCAGCGGCGGCCCAUCCUCGUUCAAUCCGACCGAUCUCGUGAGAUCCGUCAACAAAAAGGUACGACAAAAUUACAUUCAACGACGUCUGUUGGUCACUUACAAGACAUUGGAGCGUUUGUCGCUUAGUGAGUUCAAUCUGAACAAGACUGGAGGCGGCGGUGGCAUCGGCGGACAGGACCAGCAACCGUCGACCGGCACCGUGGGCUCGAGUAAAUACCUGUGCGUGCCGAAAUCCGGCAGGACCUUGUGUCCGGACGACAUCGCCGUGUGCACGGACACUAUAAGACGGUACCAGCCGAAAGCCUUCACUCGAUACGACAGGAACAUGUUCAUAGUCAACUGGCUGGACAAUAUCGACCCGCAGAACACUGCCACGGAAGACUAAAAAAAAGCAUCGUCGCGAUAUAAACAUUUUACACGCGCAAAAACAAAUAUCCCUUACCCAUCAUAAUAGUAUUUACGAAUAAGGUCUUAUUCACCGUUCAAUGCAAAUUACGCGAACGUAUACGUAUGUGUAUCGUGUGCAAUUGGAUUACUUUCAUAAAUUAAGUUAAAACCGUCGUAGCGCUAAUUACAUAUAAACCUAUUUACAACCACAAUUUUUUUGUGUACUAUACUGAAUGCUUGAAUUGAAGUGGGUGGAACAUAUUUUUGAAUUUUAUUAGAGUAUCCCUAUAAAUCAUUAUUGUCGUUGGAACGAAAGGAUCUGUUUUUUAAUGAUACAUGUUUUUUAACAUGAACAUAUCCCCAUUUCGCAUGAACAUUGUCUUAUGUAGAUUUGUGUUCGAUUAAAAAUUGUAAAUUCUAAUUCAACCCGAGGAUUUAUUUGAUCAAUGUUUCUACGAUAAGUUACAGUAAUAUU